GAAAAUGUGUUUUGAGGUUAUAGAAAAGUAGUCACAAAAUUAAAGUUAAAAAUGUUUUCCAAUUUAUUUAAAACACUUUGUAGAAUAAAAAAUAAUCAUUAUAAUAUAAGAAAGCGUUUUAAUAGUAGCAAUACUAUUAACAGUUUAUUAAAAAAUGUAACAGUGGGAGAAGUGAUGAAUAUAAAAGGAUGGAUAAAAUCCUUACGAAAACAAAAAGAAAAUUAUUUUCUAGAUAUUAGUGAUGGAUCAACCAGUGAAAGAUUCCAGGUAGUUGUUCCCCUAAGUCUCGUUUCAAAAAAUAUAACUGUAGGGUCUUCAAUAAGCACUAAUGGUGUUGUACAAACCUCUCCAAAUGGCCAAACGGAAUUGCUAGCUAAUGAGAUAAAUAUUUAUGGUGAUUGCAUAGUAACCAAUGGAUACCCGUUUGCACCAAGGAAGAAAUAUUCCUCUGAAUAUGUGAGACAAUAUCUUCAUUUCAGACCCAGAACCAAUAAAUUUGCUUCAUUGUUAAGGACUAGGAGUGCAGCCCAAUUAUAUUUUCAUACUUUUCUAACUAGUAGAGGAUACAUUAACGUCCAAACUCCAAUAUUAACAUCCAAUGAUUGCGAGGGUGCUGGAGAAAUAUUUAGAGUGAUGCCAGAAAGUGAACAACUCAUUAAAUCCAUGUUAAAAGAAGGUGGAUACCAGGAGGAAGCAUUUUUUAAUACAAAAGCCUUUCUCACUGUCUCUGGACAAUUACAUUUAGAAGCUGCAGCACAUGGUUUAACAAAAGUGUACAAUUUAGGACCAACUUUUAGAGCAGAAAACUCCAAAAGUAGAUUGCAUUUAGCAGAGUUUUACAUGCUGGAAGCUGAAAUUGCUUUUCUAGAAGAACUAGAAACACUGUUAUCAAUAAUUGAAGAAUUAGUUAAAGAAGUAACAAAUUUAGUUCUAGAUAACUGCGAGGCUGAUGUACAUAAUUGUAGAGGAGAUGUUGAAGGAAAUUUUCAAUGGUUACAUAAAAACUUUGCUGUGUUAACUUAUGAGGAAGCUAAAAAUAUUUUAAGUAAAAAUGAAAAUACAUUUGAAAAUGGAUUUCAAGAAGAAAAUGGUAUAUCUAAGGAGCAUGAAUUAUUUAUAGUGGAACAUUGUGGAAAUAUACCGACAUUCUUAAUAAACUGGCCAAGAGAAAUUAAACCUUUUUAUAUGAAGGAUUGUAAAGAAGAUCCAUCAAAAGUGUAUGCCUUAGACUUGUUAGUUCCUGGAGUUGGCGAAAUGGUAGGUGGAAGUCUGCGCGAAAAUGAUCUUGCAAAGUUAAUAGAAAAACUGCCAAACGAACACGAACAAUUAAAAUGGUAUACAGAUUUAAGAAAAUUUGGUGGUGUCCCAACAGCCGGGUAUGGAUUAGGAUUUGAGCGAUAUUUGUUAUUUGUGACUGGAAUUCAGAACAUUAAAGAUGUGAUACCGUUCCCGAGGUGGCCACAUAAUUGUAGUAUGUAAAUAAAAUUUUAAAGAAAUAAAUGUUGAAUAUUUCAA